AUUUUAUAAAAUCCGUUUUCAACAUUUCGCCGAUUGCAAUAACCUAUAAGUUUGCAAAACUGUCAGGUUAGUUAGGAGUAUGGGCGAUAUCAGUCACGCGGAUAUGUUGCCCGCCGACACCACCCGACUGGCCGCUGAUUCCGGCUUCAGCGAAUUGUUGAGAUCGGCAGAGCAAUUGUCUGCAACCGUCGAGGGAAAUGAAGAUCUGCCGCAGGUCGAAAGAAAUCUACGACAAAUAUUGGAGGCGUCCAACGAACUAUGGUCUCGGGUUACGCAAACAAGCACACAGGACAAUGAGGCACAAGCUCAUGUCUUACUGGGUUCCCGAGGAGUUGAUCUAUCUCAAAUUUCGCAGAAAUUAAAUUCUCUCAGUGCGAGACGCACGUUUGAGCCAUUAGAUCCUAUUGCAGACACCGACAUUGUUAGUUAUCUCAGGAAUGAAAAAGAAAAUGCAAUUCUUUCCAUCAUCGAACAGGUCCAUAAGGAUACAUUUGAGCUUACAAGGGCUCAACAAAUGGAACAUAUGCUGGGUGAAUGGAAGCAAAUGCGUUUUGAGAUAAUAAAUGCCAUGACUGCGCCAUCCGGCGAGCUGGUGGAUUUGCGUGGUGCUCCGCAGCGUACAAAACUAGCCGGUUCGAUGAUCAGUGGUCUCUCCAGCAUAGAAGUUGCCUAUGUAAAGGAAUUGCAGAUUUAUAAUGAUCAUGUGCUCAAAGGUGUUACGCGGCCCAGUUUGUUCAAUACGUUUCACAAAGCUUCCGAGUCCUUUAACGACAAGAAGAUUGUGGAUCUGUGGCAAAUGGUAAAGUGUAUGGUCGAUAUUCCGCCAACACCUAGAGGAGAUCAAAUUAAAUCCAGAAGCAGCUCCGCAAUUGAACAGAGAAUUGUCUCACAAGCCAGAAAGUAUUUGGAAAAUCGAUAUAGAGAUUUCAUGAACUCCAUAAUUAAUGAGAAUUUGGUGCAGGCGAAACGAGGGGGUGUUCCAGGCACUAUACCCUUGGUCAAGAGCUUCGUGGGUGUCAAAGUACAAAAUCUGAGAGAUUUGGAGGAUACCAAGAUGGAAGACAAACCGUUGUGGCCGUUAGUAUAUUACUGUAUGCGAUCUGGAGAUUACAAAGCUGCGCUGCAAUGCCUGAAUCAAUGCGGCACAGAAUUCCCGGAAUUUAAAGCGGCUCUCGAGGAAGCUUGCGACGAUCAGCAACAUCGUCCGAGCAGUCGGGCCGAAUCCAUCCUAAAACUGCACUAUAGGAAACAAGUACGAUCCGUCACUGAUCCUUACAAGAGAGCAGCAUAUUGCGCGUUAGUUCCUUGCGAGAUGGAUGAUUUCCACUCCGAAGUGAUAUCCACAGCUGACGAUUACUUGUGGCUAAAGUUGUGCCAAGUGAGAGAUCAGGCAGACGUUGAGAAUAAACUUACGUUGGAUUAUCUGCAGACUACAAUUUCAGAAAUAUAUGGAGAAACGUAUUAUCACGCACACGAACAGCCGUUUUUGUACUUCUCAAUGCUGUUUUUAACCGGACAGUUUGAAGCAGCGAUAGAAUUCUUAGCGACGGGUGCUGGAGCAAGGCAUUUACCGCACGCUGUCCAUCUGGCAGCUGCUAUGCACGAACAUAAUUUGUUGGCUGUCAGUCAAAGCGUUUUAGCGCCUUUGAUAAGCGUAGAUCCUGCCGAUAAGCCGCCAGCGAAAAGACUAAAUUAUGCUAGACUGAUAUUGUUGUAUGUUAAAAGAUUUGAAUCAUCAGACCCAAAAGAGAGCCUUCAUUAUCUAUUUUUAUUGAGAUGUAUGAAGGAUCCAUACGACCGUAACAUGUUCGCCGCGUCUGCCGCAGAAAUGGUAGUAGAUGCUUCUCCUGCAAACCGCGUUUUGUUAGUCGGAAAACUUGACAAAGAUCGCAGACUUCCAGGGAUCUUGGAUCAAUUCCAAAUCAAUACGGAUGACGUGAUAAACAUAUGUGCUGAAACAUUGUAUAGGAAAGGUCUGCUGGAAGAUGCAGUUAUGAUGUACGAUUUAGGUAGGAAUCAUGAGAAGGUUCUCAGUUUGAUGUGUACACUUUUGACGCAAGUUGUUAGCCAAAGAGGACCGCCCGGUUCUCUCAGAGGACGAUUACAAACCACAGCGAUGGAUAUCAGUACAAGAUACAAGGAUAUUGCAAUCCAAGCGCCUUCAGAAGUAGUAUCUUCAUUUUAUACCUUGAGGGAUCUUAUGGUUUUCUUCGAUCAAUUCCACAAUGAGCAGUAUCAGAGCGCGCUCAGAACAAUUGCGGAUUCAAAGAUGUUACCUCUUCAAGUAAAGGAAGUUGAUGAAAGAGUGAAUGCCUUACGUCGAGUAUCGCCCGAAGUGGCUGGUACAUUAGCUGAUGUUCUUCUGGCCACUAUGACGAUAUUGUACCGUCAAUAUCAGAAAUUACGAUCGGUAGAACCAGGUGAUAAAAUCGCGAGGGAGCAGCAAUUGCACGAUCUCCGAGAGCAAGCCCGAGCGUUAACGAGUUUCGCGGGAACAUUACCAUAUCGCAUGCCAAACGAGACAAACAGCAAACUCGUACAAAUGGAGAUUCUCAUGCAUUAAAAUCGAAAAUUUAUAUACA